GCCAGUCCCUUGCACUGACUAGAUCGGAGUGUCACCACCUGGCUGGCGAUGCGAGUUUCAGAGUUGUGAGGCGGCUCCAGGUGUUAGUCUGAUCCCACGGCGGCUGCCCCCUGCUCAUUAAUCCGAGCUCUGUGUUUCCUCUCUCUCUCUCUCUCUUUCCAAUACAGAGAUUAUUUCCCUGACACGAGCGCGUGGACGGCCACUGUGUGAAGCAGCGCCGGGUGGAUGGACGGAUGGACGAGUCCGAUCUGGGGCGCACUGGAAUAACACAGUGAACUGACGGGAGGGGGGGGCAGAUCGGCGUUCCGCUCGGCUCUUUUUUUGUCUGGAGUUCAUCCUUUUCUUUUUCUCAGUUUUUCUCCCGUCAUCUGUGGAAUUGUUACCUGUAGUGGUGGGAACGCGCAGCCUUUUUUCCUUUCUCCAUUGGCUUGGAUCAACCUGCUAUGUCUCUGGUGUGGGAACUACCUGGUGGAAGGUGUACAGCGGGAUCCAGUGUGAGGGAGCAGGACAUCUGCAACUGACGGAGCUCCGGUUUCUUCUUUAAUUUCUCUUUCUAAUCCGUGCGUAAUGUACGUGGAAUGAAGACAGAGGAUGGAUAUAAUUUGGGAAAUAUUGAUCAUUCUUCAAGCCAAUUUCAUUGUCUGCGUAUCAGCACAACCCAAUCCGCCGAAAAUUCACGAGGGAUGGUGGGCGUACAAGGAGGUGGUGCAGGGCAGCUUUGUUCCAGUGCCGUCGUUCUGGGGCCUGGUGAACUCGGCCUGGAACCUGUGCUCGGUGGGGAAGAGGCAGUCGCCAGUUAACAUCGAGACCAGCCACAUGAUCUUUGACCCCUUCCUCACGCCCAUAAAGCUGAACACCGGUGGACGCAAGGUAGGAGGGACGAUGUACAACACUGGCCGCCACGUCUCUCUACGAUUGGACAAGGAGCAUCUGGUUAACAUCUCUGGAGGGCCAAUGACGUACAGCCACCGUCUGGAGGAGAUCCGGCUACACUUUGGCAGCGAGGACGGCCAGGGCUCGGAACACCUGCUGAACGGACAGGCCUUCUCUGGAGAGGUUCAACUGAUCCACUACAAUCACGAGCUCUACACAAAUUAUACAGAGGCUGCUAAAAGUCCCAAUGGAUUGGUCAUAGUGUCCAUAUUUAUGAAGAUUGCAGAGGCAUCGAACUCAUUCCUGAAUCGAAUGCUGAACAGAGACACCAUCACAAGAAUAACAUAUAAGAAUGAUGCGUACCUGCUGACCGGCCUCAACAUAGAGGAGAUUUACCCCGAGACAAGUAGUUUCAUCACAUACGAAGGCUCAAUGACCAUCCCUCCGUGCUUUGAGACCGCCACGUGGAUCCUGAUGAACAAGCCGGUGUACCUCACACGCAUGCAGAUGCACUCCUUGCGGCUGUUGAGCCAGAACCAGCCGUCUCAGAUCUUCCUGAGCAUGAGCGACAACGUUCGCCCAGUUCAGCCGUUGAACAACCGCUGCAUCCGCACCAAUAUCAACUUCAGCAUGCAGGGCAAAGACUGCCCCAACAACAGGGCUCAGAAGCUCCAGUACCGAGGUAGAAGCUGA